CGGCGGCGCUCGCAGAGGCUGCAGCCAUUGCACUGCCGAGCAUCCCACAUUCAACAGGAGGAACCCGCGGGAGAAGAUCCCCGAGCCCCCAGCGCCGCAGUCGCCGCAGCCCGUGCGCCCCGCGCCCCCUCGCGCCAUGGCCAAGGAAGGCGUAGAGAAGGCGGAGGAGACGGAGCAAAUGAUCGAGAAGGAGGCCGGCAAGGAGCCGGCGGAGGGCGGCGGCGGCGACGGCUCGCACCGCCUCGGGGACGCCCAGGAGAUGCGCGCCGUGGUGCUGGCCGGCUUCGGGGGGCUCAACAAGCUGCGACUCAGCAGGAAGGCCAUGCCGGAGCCGCAGGACGGCGAGCUCAAGAUCCGCGUCAAAGCCUGUGGUUUAAACUUCAUUGACUUGAUGGUGCGACAAGGGAACAUUGACAACCCUCCCAAGACUCCCCUGGUGCCGGGAUUUGAGUGUUCUGGAAUUGUUGAAGCUCUGGGGGACAGCGUGAAAGGAUACGAGAUUGGGGAUCGUGUCAUGGCAUUUGUCAAUUACAAUGCCUGGGCAGAAGUGGUCUGCACUCCAGUGGAGUUUGUCUACAAGAUCCCAGAUGACAUGAGCUUCUCUGAGGCUGCUGCAUUCCCUAUGAACUUCGUCACAGCCUAUGUGAUGCUCUUUGAAGUUGCCAACCUCCGGGAAGGGAUGUCUGUGCUUGUGCACUCAGCUGGUGGUGGUGUGGGCCAAGCUGUGGCUCAGCUGUGUUCCACUGUACCCAAUGUGACUGUCUUUGGAACAGCCUCUACUUUCAAGCAUGAAGCAAUCAAAGACUCCGUGACCCAUCUCUUUGAUAGAAAUGCAGACUAUGUGCAAGAAGUAAAAAGAAUCUCUGCUGAAGGCGUGGACAUUGUUUUGGAUUGCCUCUGUGGGGACAACACUGGAAAGGGUCUCAGUCUUCUCAAACCCCUGGGAACCUACAUUUUAUACGGCUCGUCCAACAUGGUGACUGGAGAAACCAAGAGCUUCUUUAGCUUUGCAAAGUCAUGGUGGCAGGUGGAAAAAGUGAACCCCAUCAAGCUGUACGAAGAGAACAAAGUCAUCGCGGGGUUUUCCCUUUUAAAUCUGCUCUUCAAGCAAGGCCGGGCGGGCCUCAUUCGAGGAGUGGUAGACAAACUCAUAGGACUAUACAACCAGAAGAAGAUCAAGCCUGUGGUGGACUCCUUGUGGGCCCUGGAGGAGGUGAAGGAGGCCAUGCAGCGAAUCCAUGACCGAGGGAACAUUGGCAAGUUAAUUCUGGAUGUAGAAAAGACCCCGACUCCACUGAUGGCCAACGACAGCACAGAGACCAGCGAGGCAGGGGAAGAGGAGGAGGACCACGAGGGAGACGGUGAAAACAAGGAGCGGAUGCCCUUUAUCCAGUAAUCCAGGACCCAGGUGGGAGAGAGUAAAGGAUGGCUUGGAAGAAGAUGACUCAGCUGAGAAAACUCUUCUGUGCCCCAGUGAACAAAUGCUAUAGUCCAGUGUGUGUUGUAUUUGUCUGCAGUCAGCUGAGCUAAAAAAAACAAAAACAAAAAAAGCUGUUGAUCACUGUUGUUUUAUGAAAUUAAGUGCCAAUCUCAUUCCAUGCGGUAUUAUGUCCCUCCCCGUCCUGUGUGUGACAUGUUCCUCCUGCCGCUGUAUCAAAACCAUCCAUCUGUGGGUCCUUCUCAACGGUUCCAGGACAACCUCGCAAAUUAAAAUGAGGCCCAACGCUUAAGAUAAGUUUGGGUUAAAAGGUGUUAUUAUCACAGGACCAUCCAGGUCCUAGAAUUCUUCAGGCCAAUGACGCUUUUUUGCUGCCAGCCACCCAGGUCUCUGAUAAGGUCAUUUGCCAAUGUGGCCAGCAGAAAGAAGGUAGGCCAGAAGACAUCUUCAUGAGUCCAUAAAUUUAGAAACUCUCCAAAUAGUAUUUUUUCUCUCUCCAUGGAAGAGGCAACUUCAGCCAAAAUAUUUGAGCCGCUUUGAUUUGAGCCUCUUUUCUCUGACUGUCUGGUAUGUGUUUGAGCCCUUCGCUGAUUUUUACUCAUAAACACAGGGAGGCAGGCAUGGGUUUUUCAGGGUAGAAGAAGGGUCUGCAGCGUGAGCGUGAGGACCAGCCACAGAGAUUUCUCCUCCCCAAAACCUGCCUCAUCAGCCGAAUCCUUCCCCCAGCCAUGCUUACUUUAAGUUUAGGAAAACUCACCCCAUACAGGACUCAAUCAGAAGUCAUUGCUGAGAUUUACUUGUGUCUGCACAUUUGCCAUCAGCAUUACCAAUUUUGUUAUUUUCAAUUUCUGGUAGUAAGUGGCCACCCUAACCUUGGAUCACCCAAGGAAGAGCCCCCUUACAGACCACAGAUGGAAAAAAAAAAUCAAUAAGUAUUUUUUUUCUUGCCAAAGCGUGUUCCAACACAUAACAAAUUCUAGUGUUACAAAACGUUGAAAGUCUGAUGUGCAGUUCCUUCCCUCCAAUAUGUAAACCCAUGGUGCAAAAUAUGUAGCACCUUUGCUCUCGGGAAACCAGGGACCAAGCUACUUGCUUGCACACCUUGUUCAAUUUUCCAUCUCCUAAGAGGCCCCACCCCCAUACCAUCUGACCAGACUUGAGAGAUAAAUACAGUUACCCUCAAGGAAGAGAAAGAGUCUCAAUGUCUCCCCAACAGAAUUCCUCCUUCGCUGUUUCCGGUCCUUUUAGCCAAAAGAGUUAACUCCGUCACUCACAAACCAAGCCUGAAACACAAGAAGCCCAUGCGAUUAGCGCCUCAACUUCCUUCGUGUUCUGGAAAACAUCAGAGGGUUCCCACAUUUUUCAAUUUCUCCACCAACAAGCCCACCUUUGGGUGGACCCAACUCUUUCCCCAAGUGACAGGAAUAAAUACAUCUCAGCAGUUAUCUGUGUGAUUUCCAAAAUCCCUUUGUAAAAAAUGUCACCUCGUCCAUCAUGUUCUUUUUUUCGAUCCUAAGCUUGUGAUGAUAACAUAUUUAUGCCAAAUAUUUAUCUGAAAGAAGUUUCUCCUCAUUGUGAAUGUAUGUGUAAACUAUGAAGACAAGAAAGGGUGCUGCCAUCAGAUGAGCCAAGGGAUGGGAGAAUUUCAAAAGAAACCAACAUCAUCUUCUCUUUCUACCCAAGGGCUCACUAAUAUUCCCGUUCUGGGCCAUCGAGAGAGAUCAUGGGGUGAUUAUGCUCUCAUUACCUUUGCUAAGUGCUAUAUUACUGGCUGUGUUUCUCCCAUAACCAUGCUAAAAAGGAGGUCUUAAGAAGAACUGCUAUCCAAGGGACAUCCCUAGUAACCUGGCAAAAAUGGCAUUUUCCAGGGUUAGAGGAGCAAAGAGCCACUGGUCAUAUUCUAGGACUCUCCAUCUCUAGGGUGGUGGGAACUUGACAUUCAGAAUCUAACUGGUCUUUGUUAUGUCUAGAGGUAAAGCGUAAAAAGUCAUUGCUCCCCAAAUCUGUUUGUUGUUUUUUUUUUUAACUAGCAACGUUAAUCCAAUAAUCACAAAUACGCCAGUUAGCUACAGAAAACCCUUUCUUCUCCUCAGAAUACAGAAUGAGAAAACUAGAGUUUGACCAAUAAGAUCCAUUUCUGCCAUGAAGAAUGGGGGAAAAAUAAAAUAUUAAAAUUUAAGCACCUUCUUUCCCGUCUCUUGUUUGUUUUUCUGAAGAAAGUGUAAAGAACGUCUCAGUCUGCCUUAAAGGGACUGUGAAGGCUUUUUUGUAAUUUAAGCUUGAUUGGAGUGAACCGAAACAUUGUCUAAUGUCUUUGUGGCUUUAGAGCUUUUGUUAUAUUGUGCCUACAAAGCAAAUUAUGUUUACAUAAAAAAUAUAAAUAAAGUAUUCAGCAUAGCAAAACCUCA